AUGGCCUGGAGCAGCGACAGGGCGUCCGUCUUCGUCGUCGUCGUCUCCUUCUUCCUGCUUCUCCCCCUCUGCGCCGUCCGCCAUGCACGGGCGCAAGAAAGUGAGGACGAGGCGGCGUUCACGUACCGGAGCGGCGCGGACAACGGGCCGGACCGGUGGGGCCUGCUCCGACCGGACUGGGCGACCUGCUACUGGGGCCGGCUGCAGUCUCCGAUCAGCCUCCCCGGCGGCACCGACGCCGCGCGGCCGAUCACGGGCCACCGCACCGGCCGCCUGACCCGCUCGUACCGCCCGUCGCCGGCCACCCUCGUGAACCGCGGGCACGACAUCAUGGUGCGGUUCGAGGGCAACGCUGGGACCUUGCUGCUGGACGGCGUCUCGUACAAGCUCCGGCAGAUGCACUGGCACUCCCCCAGCGAGCACGCCCUCCACGGCCGCCGCUACGACCUGGAGCUGCACAUGCUCCACCAGAGCGGCGGCGACGACAGCAGGCCGGGCAGCGGCAAGUACGCCGUCGUCGCGCAGCUCUUCGAGAUCGGCGACCACCGCGACGAGACCCUGCGCAUGCUGGAGCCGUACCUGAAGAGGAUCACGGACAGGAGGAGGGGGUACGAGGAGUGGAUCGACUACGACGUGGACCCGAGGAGGCCGGUGAGGGGGAGCGACGAGUACUACCGCUACACCGGCUCCUUCACCACGCCGCCGUGCACCGAGGGCAUCGUCUGGACCGUCGCCACCAGGGUGCGCCACGUGUCGCGCCACCAGGUGGAGCUACUCAGGGAGGCCGUCCACGACCAUGCGAGGAGGAACGCGCGGCCGCUCCAGGAGGCCAACGGCAGGAGCGUCGCCCUCUACUACAACUGGGCCUCGUCCUUGACGUCACACAAAGAUGGACGCCGGAACUAG